AUGGAAACAGGAAAUGAGGAAACAAAUCCAGGAGGGGAAGCUUCUCAAGAAACGACCAAUGUGGUGGAAUGGUCCCUCAACCUUCUGCAAUCACCUGACGAUACCUCACAAUUCGUCGGGCUAGCAAUGCUGAAACCUAUCCUAGGAAGACGGGAGCAUUUCCAGGAUGAUCCGACUCUGAUUUCAAGAUGCUGGGACUCGAUUUCUCCCAAAUUUCUCGAUCGUCUGCUUCGAUCAGACAAGAGCAUGGGAAAGAGCCGGGACGAAGCAAGCAAUAUGGUCUCGUUGGGAGUCAGCAUCAUACAUUCUUUUAUGCUCCUACUACCUCCCGAAGCCAAAGAAAAGAAAAAGAUGCUUGGACGGACAAGAAGACUAGUGGCAGCACUCACAAGAAGUUCGCCCGAGACAACAACACAGAUCCUUCAAGUACUGCUUGCGUUCUCCAGCACCACUGCUGGAGCCAGCACGCUUUUCCAUGUAGAUGAUCUCUCACCUCUACUAGAGAUUACUCCACAGGACCGCCUGGCAUUGGACGUAAUCCAGUAUGCUCUCGUGAACGGCAUCACAUCCGAUGAUGCCAGCGAGACCGAGAAGCAGAGAUUCGAAGCUAUAAUAUCAAGUCUCGUGCUCUCGUUUCGUGACGCUCCUGCAGACUUAUUACUCGAAACCCUCGCAGAUCUCUUUAUGCGAUUACCAGAAGAUAUCCUCUCUCCAUCUCCCAAAUGGAUACCGUCCCUCGUAAACCUGAUUCAACAAGCCCUCUUCAAGCGACCUACAGCCAGCGCCCGCAAAUCCAUUACCUUUCUAUGCGGGACGCUCAUCAACGAUCGUCAAUUUGCCAGUACUCUUUUCCGCGAUCAGCAGUCCCUUCCCGGCUUCCCCACUCAAAGCGAAAAGCAACGCGGCAAGCAAAAGGAAUCCGCUGCGUCUCUCCCCAGCGAAACCAAACCCUUUUCCUCUCUAUUUAUUAACCUUCUCCUCAUCGACAUCCGCGCGACUAUUCCCUCGCUGAUGGAGAAUCUCGCAUCGCCUACAUAUCCCGAGACCGCGACACGACUAGGCUUCGCAUAUCAGAUUGUAUUCACAUUUAUAAGCCAGCUCAUUUCCGCAUUCGACCACCUUGACGAUGAAGCUGAUGCCGACAUCGACACCGACCCUGACCCUGCCUCUCGCUCAUCCCUGCCAACCAUGCCUCUCCUUCUCGCACCAGACCUCCUGCUCAAACUCCGCCGUGACAUUGCAGAAACCAUAUCCCUCACAAUCGAGUACCUCCGGGACCGAUGGGACGCGGCCGUUGGCGGAGCUGCAGGACUACAUCCAGACGCACGACCACGGCCUCCUGCUGCUGCUGCUUCCUCACAAUUUACUUCAGGUGCUUCCGCCCCAUCCGGAACGACCGACAACAACACUACUUCUUCCGAACCCUCCGCCCCGCUCAGUCUCCCGUGGGACACCGCCUCUGCGCCAAUUACGCACGACAGUCUACUUCUCAGCGCACUUGGUCCGCUUGGGCUCUGGCUGCGCGAAGACGACGACAACACGGCGCUGCGCAACGAGGCUGUCGGCAUCACGGACGUGCUGGUGGGCAUGUAUCCCUCUGCGCCCACGACGGCGCGGUUGUCCAUUCUGUACGCGCUACAGGGCAUCGUCGAUGCGGGGGCUGGGUCCUCCUCCUCGGCUGGCGUCACUGAUACUGGUGCUGGUGCUCGUACCCGCAAUCAUGACGACGAUGAUGACGAUGAUGACGAAGAUGAUAGAAAAGCGCCCCGUUCAUCUGGAAUCGACACGUUCAUGACCGAGAAUGGCUGGAAAAUACUCGCGUCUGAUUUGUUGGAUCUACUUGGCGGCGGCAGCGGCAGCGGCAGCCAAACCGUCGGAGGUGGGACCGGAGACAAACCCAACGAGAUCACGGGCGAUCAGAACACGAUAGAUCAUCUCCUCGCUACGGAAAUCAUCCGUGUCCUUUUACAAAUCACCGAGUCACGGCCCGGUACAGGCGCCAUGCCUUUGUCCGAGACGUGGAUGCCGCUUUUACACAGAGGAGCUGGACUGGCUGAUUUGCAGGCUGUCGGUGGGGGAGAGGAAGGGGAGGGAACCAGGAGCGAGGCAGUCCCAAUUGAAGUGCGUAUUGCGUUGUGGCAGCUUCUUGUGGAACUGCUGCUUCGGUCGCCGGCCAAUGUGCGUCAAAAGUGUAUGGGUGCUGUGCGUAAGAUCCAGAGCUGUGCAAAGGAAUUGCUGGAUGUGAGUUCGACGUCUCGGCUGGGCGGUAACAGAAAAGGAAAUGAUGGUGGGGUCUUGCAAAGGAUAGGACUUGUGACAGACGAUGAUAGGGAUGGGUUGGCGGAGGUUUUGGAGGGGUUGGAGGGAUUGGGAAUAGGGAGUGAAAGCGAAUUGAAUGCUUAG